AAAUGGACAGAUUAAGAGGAAGGCAGCGGUGGGAACUGGGAUUGCGUUGGAGAAAUCGGCGGAGCACCCACCCGUGCCUCCUCGAAAAGAAAUGUUAGUGACUAUUAAUUAUUAUGGGAUGCUAUUACCAUGCACGCUCUUACAUGCAAACGGGAUUUACGAGAAAAAGAACUAUCGAACUUUAUCAAUCAAAGAGCCAAAAGAGGGUCCAAAGCCACGCCAUCAAUGA